UGUGUGUGUCAGUACGAGGGUUUGGGAGUGACGUGUGAAAUCAGGACCGCCCCCUUCUGCGCGCGAUUUAAAGGGGCAGAGUGCCAACGCGUCAAAAAAAUAAUAAAACCUGGCGUGUUAGAGAGACAGAGAUAAAAGCUCGCGACUUUCGGAAAUGCAGUUGUUUAUCCUCUCGGUGUGUUUGGCGCUCGGCCUCGCCGUCCCUCCUCAGGAGAAACGCGUGCACCACCAGCGUGACCUGAGUGACCACGCCCACGACGACACUCACGGCUACCAGUACGACCACGAGGCCUUCCUGGGCAAAGAGGAAGCCAAGACCUUCGACCAGCUGACCCCUGAGGAGAGCAAAGCCAGACUCGGGAAAAUCGUAGACCGCAUCGACACGGAUAAGGACGGCUUCGUUAGCCACGCCGAGCUGCACUACUGGAUCAAACACAGGCAGAGGAGAUACAUCGAGGAGAACGUGGACAAGCACUGGAAGGAGUACGACCAGAACAAGGACGGCAAGAUCUCCUGGAUCGAGUACAAGAACACCACCUACGGCACGUACCUGGAUGAUGAUUCUGAGGAUUUGGAAGACAGAGAGUCGUACAAAGCCAUGCACGCUCGAGACCAGCGGAGGUUCAAGAUGGCGGAUAAAGACGGAGACGGCAUCGCGUCGAGGGAGGAGUUCACCGCGUUCCUCCACCCAGAGGAGUUCGAGUACAUGAAGAGCCUUGUAGUGCAGGAGACGAUGGAGGACAUCGACAAGAACGGAGACGGCAAGGUCAAUUUAGAGGAGUACAUCGGCGACAUGUUCACCCCUGAGGAGGGCGAGAGUGAACCCGAGUGGGUGACCACAGAGAGGAAACACUUCUCCGAGUACAGAGACAGCAACAAGGACGGGUUCCUUGACGCUGAUGAAGUCGGUCACUGGAUCCUGCCGGGAGACGUGGAUCACACCGACAACGAGGCCAGACAUCUCAUCCACGAGACAGACAAGAACAACGACGAGAAAAUUUCCAAGGCAGAGAUUCUGGAUAAUUGGAACAUGUUUGUCGGCAGCCAAGCCACUAAUUACGGAGAAGAUCUGACGAGGAAACACGACGAGCUCUGAUCUGAUCUCAUCCGAUCUGAUCUCAACAGCGUCAGGAGUCAAAGAUUUAAACAUACAGAGGGGGGGAUAUUGGAAUUUCAUUCCACAAUGAAAAGAAAUGAACGUUUUACAUUAACGAGUGGGAGGGUUAGAUUGUUAGGGGCGGAGCUAAAGGUCAGGGGUCAGAACAGAAGGGUCAGUGAUUGAUUGGGUCAAGGAUGCUGAGAGGGAAUUUCAGUUUACCUGAAACAGAUAGUAUUUAUUUAGUCACAUAUUUUACUCACUAAAAACCAGGUUUACACACACACACACACACACACACACACACACACACGUGCAGUGGGAUCAGAACAGCACAUUUUAUUUACACCCCCGAGUGUGGCUGAUGUUUCUGUGCAGGUGAAACACCAUUUAAAUAGAAACGUUAAAAGCGUAGCGGUGUUAUUUUUAAUCAACAAAAAAGGGACAUUUUCCUGACUCAUGUGACAUCAUCAGCCACUGACUCCUCCCACUCCUGUGCUGUUUUAGUGCUGUAAAGUUAAUUAAAAAUGUUUAUUUGCUAAAAGCAUUAAAACAUUUAUGUUCAGUGACUGAUGACGACACACAGAGCACCACAUUCGAACUACAAACUACUCAGAGUGCUUCAUAUGUAUAUAUAAAUAUAUAUUCAAUAUAUAUAAAAUAUAUUCAUAAACAUAAAAUGCAGAGCGUUCCUGUCUGGACGCUGAGUGAUGACAUCACACGAUCACGUGGUUAAAAAAGGAACAUCGACGCAGACCUGCCAACCUUCCUGCAUUUUAUUGUAAGAGAACACCAAAAGAACAGUUUUCUAUCCCGCAGUUAAAACAGUAGAUGAGCCAACUGAUGCAUGAAUCUGGAAUGAUUGACAGUUGCGUAAGUUUUUUGAUUUCCCUGAUAUUAAUGGACCCCCUGGAAGCCCCACCCCCUUCCUCACGUCUCAUAAUAGUAAUGUGCUCUCGUCUCGACUCAGUUUUCCCGCUUGAAAGAUGUGCUGACGCAGUGCUCUCGCUUUUCUGUCACGGUAAAAGAGAAUGUUCUGAGUUCAUUAAUGUGAAAUAAACUCAGCUAGCGUUACACACUUAUAGCCCUUACAUCAGUUAAAUCGAUUUAUUAGGAACGCCACUGAAAAUGGUCAAAGAAGUGAUUAAACAAUGCUGUUUGCUCUCCUGCACCGUUCAGACAGUUUGAGCAGCGGAUUUCAUGAAAAUUUCAGCCAUGUAGAAACGUCACGAUUUCCACGAGGGACGUGAGACUUUAGAUUUGUGAAAGGACAAGUCGAUGGUUGGCAGGUCUGUCAGAUGAACGUUUUAUUCAGGAAGAAGUUCUAAAGAUAAAUCUGGGGCUGGAGACGUGUACUUGUGAUGGACACGACUGUUCUGGGCCGUUAGAGCUAUAAACGAUGACUUAAGGCCUCCGAAACACCAGGGGGCGCUGUAAUAAUACAGGAUUUAAAAUAUGUAUAUAUAUUGAGAGGUAAGAUUGGGGAGGGCAUGACAGCAUUAACAGCAGAGGUUGUUGUGAGCUUCCUCACCUGUACACUGUGUUUACACUCUUCACCCAAACCCAGAAGCUCAGGAGGACAUCAGGGUCACAGUCAGGGUCACAGUCAGGAUCAGGGUCACAGUCAGGAUCUCGGUCACAGUCAGGAUCAGGGUCACAGUCAGGAUCACAGUCAGGGUCACAGUCAGGAU